AUGCUAUCCAUACCGCGCAGAGCAGAACGGUCGGAUUCCACCAUUAGUGCAUCGAUUGCAGAGCGUCUGAAAGAAUUGCGUACCAAAUUUGCGAACCGUACAGAGACGAUUCGCUUACAAACCAUCUUGAAACCAAAAGAGGCUAGUUCCGAGGAGGAAGACGAUGAAGAAACAGAACUAUCAAAAACCGAGGCGAACGAGUUGCGUAUCGAUGUGGCUGGCACCGGAACCGAGGAGGCUCGACCGCCAUGGUGGCGUCGUUAUCCAAACCGUAGAUUAGUUCUACGGCAGCCGUUUUGUACGGCCUGUUUGGCACCACAUCGGAAACAUUUUAUCACAUUGUCUGACAAACCAAUCAUUCGCGUGGAAGAUACCAGUGUGAUGAAAGAACCGUCACCAAAACCGGAAGAGCAAGAAGAUCAGCCGGAAAUAAUUGGUCAGGAGUUUCUGGAAACCAUAGAAUUUUCUUGUCCCAUUCCUGCAUGGAUUCCUGGACCGAAGGUCAUCUUUGCCAGCUCGUUCUCUCAGUACAGUGCUUUCUAUCUCUUGUGGUUAUUGUGUGUAACGCUGGCCGUGUUGUACAACUAUGUCACAAUACCUUUACGUGAAGCGUUUGACAUCUACGAUGUUGAACCAUAUCGAUUCUAUUGGUAUAUUGGAAAUGUUAUUUCUGACGGAUUAUAUUUGCUGGACAUGAUAAUCGUUCGACCCCGAUUGGAGUUUAUUGAAAGCGGAUCGAUUGUAACGGACUACAGUUCAUGUGCCAAGCAUUACGUGAAGAGUUUGCAGUUCAAAUUUGUGCUCAGACAGUUGACAGCUGACAUGCUCGCUGUAUUUCAGUCGCGUGGUGGUCGUGUCUCAACAAUAGCUCAAUUGCUUGCGGUUUCGGAUGCACUGGCACGAACGACUCCGCCUGCCGAGGCACAUUUGCAGUCUCUUUUAUAA